AUGCUGGGUGUAUAUGAUGUUGUGAGUAGUGAGGGGGUUGGUACGGAGGGCCACGAGGGGGAUGAGGAGGAUAUCGAUCCGAUUGAGAGGCAGGAGGUCCUGCAGCGGGUGUUGGCUGAUGUUCCUGUGAGUUCGGGGCAGUGUGAACAAGGCUGGAUUGAGAUUUGUGCGUUUGUGCGGCCGCGUGGUGGGACAGAGACAGAGGGGGGUCAGGGCUGGUGUUGGCGGCCGUCGGCGAGGGUCAAGGUUGAUGUGUGGAAGCGGGUGGUUGAGGGCUCGGUGCUCCAGGGGAUCGAUCUGGGGAAACAGUUCCUGGUCUCGGAUCUGUGGAGGUCGGUUCUGGAUGAGAGGGGUGAGGAGCCGUUUCCGCAGCCGUUGUUUGAGGCGGUUGUGAGGAGGGUUUGUGAAUCAGGGUCUGAGCGAGAUCGGUUGCUGGAUGGGUCGAAGAUGAAGUGGGCAAGUAUCGACAAGACGACCUGCGCGCGAUGGGUCGGCGAAACGUGCCUGGAGGCUAUGGCGCCGACGUCUGCUGCUGCCAUCGGGCGAGAUGACUUCUUGAAGGCAUGGAGAAACCAUCUGCCUGAGUCUUGGCAGGAUGAGGUCAAGCUAUCGAAACUAACUGAAAUCUCAUAUAAACAUCCCGAGCUCACCACUAUCUGCUUCGUCAACGAACAGGAUCGCCAAAAGGCGAAGAAGAAUGUCUCGACCGACGCCAGCGCUGCGACGGCAGCCAAAAAGACCCGGAAUUGGCACGAACUGUUCAAGAACCAGAAGCGACAGAAACACUAG